AUGGAGCGUUGGGUUGGAAAAGUUGCUAUUGUUACCGGCGCAAGCUCGGGCAUUGGUGCGGCCACAGUGCAGGCGUUGGCCCGUGCCGGCCUAAUCACGGUGGGACUGGCGAGACGCGCGGAACGCAUCGAAGCACUCCGAACCGGUCUACCGGCGGAAGUGGGCCACCGGAUUCACGCGCACCCGUGCGACGUAACGGACGAGCGAUCGAUUCUUGGUGCGUUCGAGUUCGUGACGCGCCAGUUCGGCGGUGUCGAUGUGCUGAUCAACAAUGCCGGCGUGUCGAAACCGACGGUCACUCUGCUGACACCCGGCAAUACGGCCGAGCUGCGCACCGUGCUGGACACCAACGUGCUGGGGUUGGUCCUGUGCACCCGCGAGGCGCACCGCUCGAUGAAGGCUCGCUCGGUUGCGGGCCACAUCGUGAACGUGAACAGCAUCGCCGGCCACAAGUACAUCGAUCUGCCGAACCUCAACGUAUACGGUGCGUCCAAGUACGCCGUGACGGCGAUAACGGAAACGCUGCGCAACGAGCUGCGGCAUGACAGCAGCAAGGUGAAGGUCACGAGCAUCAGCCCGGGUAUCGUUCGGACGGAGAUGAUCCCGGAUGGGUUCCCAGUCAAUGAAUUCCCCAUGCUUGAGCCGGAGGACGUUGUUGGGGCGAUCCUGUACGCUCUGGGCACUCCCUCGCACGUGCAGGUGCAUGAGGUGAUCAUUCAACCGGUGGGGGAAAAGUUGUAGUGAUCAAAUCGAUUGGACGUUCUGGGCAUUGUGGUAUCCAACAUUUUCCAAAUAAUUUUCUGGUAUAAGGUUUACAUGCACAUUUUUUUUAAAUAUUUUAUUUUACCCAAAUAUAACAUUUUAUAAAAAAAAUUGCAUGUAAACCUUAUAUGGGAAAAAGGAAAAAGAGUUCCAGCCGCUUCGAGAACUUCAUCGACGUUUAAAACGGCGCUAGCGAUCCGUCAAGGGUCUUCGCGGAUACAUGACGACGCGGUCUGAGUUCUUGGUUACUUCUUGUGUGUGUUUGACAAGACACUGACAGAUCGCGUCGUUAUCUUAUGAUAAUCAGAAAUUGUUUGUCUAUAAAAUAUAAAAUGAAUAAAUCAAACGCGAAUCAUCGGGUACCAUUUGAAUACAAAAUAAACAGUUAAUAAAUAUUGAUUGUUCAUUUUACUAAUGACAUUUGUGA